UAGGGCUCAGCAGGGAAAACCAGCUGGGCAGCAAAUCAAAGCGGGAGGAGCUGUCCUAGGUGCCUGGUCUCAGCUCCACACUCUGGCAAUGAGGGUCACCAGAGCCAUUUUGCUGUGCUUCUUUGGGGCUGUGCUCUGCCUAACAGGGUCCCAAGCGCUGCAGUGCUACAGCUUUGAGCACAUCUACUUUGGCCCCUUUGACCUCAGUGCUAUGAAGUUCCCCAACAUCUCCUGUCCUCAAGCAUGCUUUGAGGCUGUCCUGUCCCUGGACACUGGGUACCGCGCGCCGGUGACCGUGGUACAGAAGGGCUGCUGGACAGGCCCGCCUACGGGCCAGAUGCAGGCCAACCAGGACGCGCUGCCGCCCGACUACUCGGUGGUGCGCGGCUGCGCCACUGACUUGUGCAACGCCGACCUCAUGACCCACGACAGCAUCCCCAACCUGCGCCCAGCGCCCGACCCGCCGACACUCAGCGGCACCGAGUGCUACGCCUGCGCGGGGGUCCACCCGGAGGACUGCGCCCCCAAUAAGUCCCGACGGGUCCAGUGUCACCAGGACCAGAGCGUCUGCUUCCAGGGCAAUGGCCGAAUGACAGUUGGGAAUUUCUCAGUCCCUGUGUACAUCAGAACCUGCCACCGGCCCUCCUGCACCACCAUGGGCACCACCAGUCCCUGGACAGCCAUCGACCUCCAGGGCUCCUGCUGUGAAGGCCACCUCUGCAACAAGGACACAGUGACCCAGACCUUCACCACUGCUGCGGCCACCGUCCCUCCGCAGGCGCCCCACAUCAUGGCCCUGCUCCUCACCGUUCUCCUGCCGGUCGGUGCUCUGGGAGGACACAUCAACCUCUCCACAUAGACAGCCCCUCCAGGAUGCCGGGAGCAGGGUCCACGUGCUUCUUCCUCCCUGCUUCAACCUCUGACAUGUGGCUCACUGAAAAAUGAUAUCAAAAUAACAGUGGCCCUCCUGUUCCUCUGACCAUUACCCUCCAUCUCUCACCAUUCUGCUUCCCUACUGUCACACUGCCCCUAGCUGGUCAGCAAGCCUGGGGGAAACUCGACAUGGUCACCAGCAUUCUGGGGUAAGGAGAAACAGCCUCAUCCUGCCGCACAUGAAGAGCAAUUCUGAUCACAGCUGCAACUUACUGAGCAGCAACCAGGCACCAGGCACCCCAUGACAUGGCUUUCUGUGCUGUCGCUCCAGAGCCUAGCCACAGCUCUAGAAAGGAGCUACGGUGGUGUAUGUAUUAGUCUCAUCAUGAGAGGCCGAGAAGCAGUAAAUCCUAACAGAUAGAAGCCCAGACUCUGGAGCUAGACUGCACACCCCAAAUCCCAGCUCUACCAUUUAACCUGUGGCUGACUGUGGGCAAGGUUUUUAAGCUUUCUGUGCCUAUGUUUCUCCACCUGAAAGGUGGAAGUGAAAAUAAAGCCUGUAAUAAUGCCAA